AUGCGGCUGAAUAGACGUACUAUUCUUACUGUACUUUUUGCCUCAUCAUUCGUCUUCUUGACGAAGUACGUCUAUUCAAGGUUCAAUGGAUAUCCUCCAGAAUCUUCCAAUCAGGACUACGUCUUUUCAAAGACUACGCAUGGAACUAUUGGGGAAACUGUGAAACACGAAGGUCAAUGUAGCUAUGAUCCAUCUUGUUCUUCACCUCAAAUUCUAUUCCGUAUUCACGCAGAAACGGCGAAUUCUCCGCCGUUUGCCUGUUUAAAUGAUGUUCGGUUAUUUGGGGAACACGAGCUCAAAAAUGGAGUUAAUCUCGUUUCUCUAAACGGAUCAACCGGAGAUAUUGAAUCGUCAAUGUCAUUCGAUGUAGCUGAAUCUGAUGGGGAGCUUAUCAGUUGGCUGAUGUCACUGCCUCUGUCUUCGGUCAUUAUUGGUGUAUCUUUCGGAGACGUUGCCGAGAGAGUUUCUUCGGAUGCUCGGACCGCUUUCGCUACAUUUGGUGCUAGCCGCAUAGUUAACUGGAGAGGCGCAUCAUCUUAUGCAAUUCUUGGGCAACGUGGACUAAAGCAACAUGCACACGAAUUGCUCGUUCCGCAAUCUGAUGACCGUGCCAUACACAUAAUUGAGGGAUGUUACGAUGUUCCGCUCGGAGAGGUUGGUGUCGUCAACAUCACCAACGAGCUAACGGACAUCCAGAGAAUUGAUCCUGAAAAAAUGGCAGCACUUGGUGGUUCUAAAAAUACUGAUCAGAUUGUAAAGCUUGGACAGGAAUGGAAAUGGUGUGGAAUGGAAACUCCAUGUGCACCUGAGGAGAUUCCAAUGCAUUUUUUUACUGGCGAGCAUAAAGAUGAUUCACCGCGUCUAUGUGUGGGUGGAUACAUGGUCUUCGAUCGCGGAUUGAAUAAUGCUGGGCGUGGCCUAAAUCUUGCUGCUGUUGAACCAAAAACUGGACGAAUCUCGUCUGUAGCACACUUUGAUACAUAUCAAGAUGAUUCCACAGCACUUGAGGAAUGGUUGGAAAAUGUAUCUCUCGGUGACGUGGUUGCAGUGGUGAGCUUUGAUGAAGCUUCUAAUACAUUAUCCGAUAUGGCCAAACGAAUCUUCUAUGAAAUGGGUUCAAGUAUGAUACAUCGUCUGAAAUUUCGUGCAUCUUGGUACUUCGUUGGUCACAAAGGAUUAGCUGCUUACAGUCCCUUUGAGGACUUGAAUGUACCAACUGGAAAUUCGUGGGCAAAGCCUAUCAAAACGUCGAUUUGUUUGCCUAAGAAACUGGACUCAUGGCGCGGACGAAUCUCCAGGGAAAGGUCCGGAAUUUCUUUGACAUCGCACAAUCUUCCUCGCCGCCAUUUUUGCCUGAAACAUGACGGACACGGAGAAUUUUGUGACGAAAGUCGUAUAGAUAGCCUAAUUCACCCUCAGGCAUUGUUGGAUAUGUCGCGUAAAGGAGAUCCCAUAUUCAAUAUGCCUAUUGUCAUAGCAGCAGGGCUUUCAACGGAUUCUCUUCGCAUCUGUCUCGAGUCUCUCAUGCAACAGGAAGGUCUCAACACACAGAUGGUCGUCGUAGUAUAUGACAAAGAAUAUCCUGAGAAUGCAGAGUUGUCAUCACUUUUCCACGUAAGAUCGCUUCCUGUAAAUGCCUCACUUGGAUAUAAUUCACUCAUCUUGUCGGCCAUUUCUGCAGUGUUUGCUGUUUUUCCAUCCGCCACUACCAUUGCUGUAAUUGAAGAAGACGUUCGGUUAUCACCAGAUUGGCUUUACUAUCUUUCUCAGACGUUACCUGUGCUUCUGUCAGAUGGAUCGAUAGACGUAAUCCAUACUUUCAAUCCAAAUGGUUUUAUCGACACUAGUGGAGAUCCUUCCCUUGUGUACCGGAUUGGAUUCCAGCCACCACUUUUUUCUUAUGUGAUAACGAGGAAGAAAUAUGAACAGGAGAUUAAACACAACCCAGAUUGUUGUAGAAGUCCUGGCCGCUGGUUGUUUUCAUCAUCUUCUUCACUUGUCCCCGAUAUUUCCCGAAUCUCUGUUGCUCAUUCAUCACUUGAUGGUGCACAUUGGUCGAACGCACUGUUUGUGCGACAGCGGACAAUGAGUCAGGGAAGCACUGUUCUCAACCGAGACUUCGAAACAGAAGGUGCAUAUGAUGCCGCCAUUUUUUCGAAGAACCAAGCUGCUCCGAGAAUAGCCCUGAGCGCAAUCACAUGCUCUUCAUGGAAGCAGCAAAUGGAAGAUAUUUCAGUCGAGGCAAACAGAUCUUCCAUUCUCAUUACUUGCGGGGAUGAAGUUAGUGAUCUGGCGCUAGCUUCACGUUGUUUUGGACUCUACUUCGAUGAACAUUUUGUUACGGGAGUGUACAAGCGAGUGAUAAGAUUUGUUUCGAAUCGGACCAACAUAUUUGUCGUUCCUGAGAAGGUUGCUGGGAGUGCUUUUCUGGAAUUGUCGAACAGUUCAAUCACUUUAUAG